AUGGCUGCUCAGGCUGCCCCGGAGCUCGCGAAGCUUGACUUGAACAAGAAUACCGGCUCUGCCGAGGCCAGCACCGUUCCCGCUAGUGGUUCAGAUAAGGACGAUGCUGAGAACGAAGGAGACUCUGAUGAUGACAGAGACGACGAGCAGACAGGAGGCUCUGCCGAAGUAAAUGCAGAGAAGAAGAAGAAGAAGAAGAGACCGAAGAAGAAGAAGAAAACUGCCAAAGUCCAAUCUGUUCCUCCUCGCAUACCCUUAACCACUCUCUUCCCUAAUAACAGCUUUCCCGAGGGCGAAAUCGUGGAAUAUCUAAACGAAAACUCCUAUCGUACCACAAAUGAAGAGAAGAGACACCUUGAUCGCAUGAACAAUGAUUUCCUCGCUGAAUACCGCCAGGCUGCUGAGAUCCACCGUCAGGUGCGUCAGUAUGCCCAAAAGGAGCUUAUCAAGCCUGGUGCCACCCUCACGGAUAUCGCGGAGGGUAUUGAAGACGGAGUCCGCCACCUGACGGGCCACUUGGGUUUGGAAGAAGGAGACAGCUUGGUGGCUGGAAUGGGUUUCCCAACCGGGUUGAACAUCAACCACUGUGCAGCUCAUUAUUCUCCUAACGCCGGGAACAAAGUCGUUCUUCAACAUGGUGAUGUCAUGAAGGUGGAUUUUGGCGUCCAUGUUAACGGCAGAAUCGUCGACAGUGCUUUCACUGUUGCAUUUGAUCCUGUUUUUGACCCUCUGCUUACUGCCGUCAAGGAGGCAACCAACACUGGAAUCAAAGAAGCUGGUAUCGAUGUCCGCAUGAGUGAUAUCGGUGCAGCGAUCCAGGAAACGAUGGAGAGCUACGAGCUCGAGCUGAAUGGCACCUCUUAUCCUAUCAAGGCUAUCCGUAACCUGAACGGCCACACAAUCGGCCAGUACGAAAUUCACGGUGGAGUCAAUGGCAAGAGUGUCCCAAUUGUCAAAGGUGGUGACCAGACCAAGAUGGAGGAAGGUGAAACUUACGCCAUCGAAACCUUUGGCAGUACCGGAAAGGGAUACGUUAGAGAUGAUAUGGAAACAUCUCACUACGCUAAAGUUCCAAGUGCUCCAAGUGUGCCUCUUCGUUUGACUUCUGCAAAGAACUUGUACAGUCUUAUCAAUAAGAACUUCGGCACUCUACCCUUCUGCCGUCGAUACCUUGACCGUCUCGGGCAGGAGAAGUACCUUCUUGGGCUGAACAACUUGGUCUCUUCUGGACUUGUCGAUGCAUAUCCUCCACUCUGUGAUGUGAAGGGCUCCUAUACUGCUCAAUUCGAGCAUACUAUACUACUCCGGCCAAAUGUUAAGGAGGUCAUUAGCCGUGGUGACGAUUACUAA